GCAGAUUUUUCUCCUGGGCCGACAGCUUCCUUGAGUCAGGAUAGACAGACAGCUCACUGGCUGUUUCUUCGGACCGGCUCCGGGUCUGUCCCAGCUGUUUCUCAAGCUCUCUAACCUGAAGGUGGUUCCACAACAGGUGCGGAGACUGAGACACAGAGAUGAAGAGAUUUGUUCAAAGACACCAAACAUGUAGACCAAUGACUGAGGCCAGACUCAAACUCAGGUCUCUGGAAGCUCAAGGCCACACACUGGUUGUUAAUUACAGUUUUUUGGAGACGUCUUCAUUUGGCUUCAAGGAUCCCACAGGAGACCCUGAGAGUAAAAGCCACUGGAGAAACUGGGGUGAAGGCGAACCUGCACGUGGCAAAUCGUGGAAGUGGCCCACCUAAUCGCGUGCCUCUUAGUUUCUUGGUCCAGCUAACCUCAGACAGCGUUUCCUCCAUGCCAGGCACUGUGGCAAGCGAUUUACACAUGUGCACGCGUUCAGUCCCCCCACAACCUGUAGGGUAGAUGCCGUCAUUAUCCACAGUACAAAGAGGAGGGAACUGAGACACAGAGAUGAAGCAGUUUGCCUGAGGCCACACAGUUGGGCAUCUCAAGCCUUAUGUUCAGGGCCAGGAGGAGCCUGAUGACUCACUCACCUUGCUCUGCAGGACAAGGAUCUGUUGAGCCCGACCCCUCCAGGUCCCAGGCGAGGACAGGAGCUGCUGGAUGUUCACAUCUUCCCCAACCUCACUAGUCAAAACCUGAAAAAGGUGGGGCCUUCAGUAUGACCCAAAGCACAGUAUGUGCAGAAACAGUGCUGGGUGCCUGGCGUUCCCAGAAGACCCGGCCUCCACCUGCACAACCGCCCCCCUCUCCCGCCUCCCCACCUCAAAGGCCAGUUGACCACGCUCUACGAGCAGCUCUCCCUGGGAAAGCAGUAAACCCACCUUCCCCAGCACUUCCCGGUGAUGCUCUGAGCAGACAAGGAACUGCUGACAGCGCCCAGGUGGGGCCGCCUGCUCCUGACACAUUCUGGGAUGGGUGAAUCACAAAGUUGACCAGGACCUGCUUCCUAAAUUUGUUCCCCUGUCACCCUGAACUGAGAUUGUUCUGGAGGUUACAGGGACGACCUCGCCACAGGGCCUUGCCCUCCGUGCAAAGCCACAGACGAGGGGCCGUGUCUGAGUGCAGCAAGGCAGGGGCCUACCAAAUGUCACUUGGGGAUGUUUGCUUCCAGAAGGGCCCAGAUUUGUGGUUGUUACAGGGAGAUGUUCAGGCUCAACCUCAAGGCUUUGAGGUAGAAACAGUACACCCCAGCUUGUGCCCUGGGCCCCUCUGUAGCCUGUCAUGGAAACUGAUCUAGCGUACCAAGUCUCUGGUGCUUGUUUCCACAAUAGAACUCUGUUUUGGAAAUCUUGGCUGGUCUUAGUGGUUCCAGCAGGGAAGACAAAUGCCAGAGAAUUCACUAUGUAAAUAAAAAUAAAUAAUGAACCAGCUGGGCCUGCCUCCCAAGUCUGAGCAUUUUCCUUUGAAAGGGGCCUUUAAUCCACAAACAACCUUUCCAUUUUCUAAAAUUAGAGACAGCAGAGGACAGGAGGUGGGUCUUGGUAGGCUUCCAAGUCCAAGGUGGCUUAUUAAGGAGACACCCAGGGUCUGUUGGGGUACACAUAGCACAGGGAAGGUUUAAGGGACUUUCUAGGGUGGACAGCACUGUCUUCCAUCCAGGGUUGGGUGGGCACCACAAGGGCCUCUGUGCAGGGACCUGCAGGCAGCCAGCAAUCCCCCUUACCAGAUGGGUCUGUUUAAAGAGCUGGUGGAAGGAUGUUACUGGAUCUGGAGCCUGACCCAGAACAAGCAACAUGAUGCUCACGGGACCAAGCUCCUGAAUGGAAGCCAUUGUCCAGCCGUGCCCUUCCCAGCCCUAGUCCAAGCCAUGCAAGAGGACCUGAACUCUGACCCAGAAGUACCUUCUGGGCCAUCCGGAGCUCCUGCUUCACAGCUUGGAUCUGGUUGCGGAGGUGUGUGCAGGUACCACGCUGAGGCUCAACAAGAGGAGCCCAUCUCAUCAUCAUACCCACUGUGAGAAGAGGCCCGGGAAGACCUGUGUCCUGAGGAGUGGAGACUGCAGCCCACCACCUACGCUUCCAUCAGAAACCUUCCAUCAGGCUCCCUGCUGCCAGAGAAUGAAGUUGGAACUCCUCCUCCAGCUACUGUCAAGGCUUCCUUCCGCAGAUGCAGAAGCUCCGUCACCUCUUCAGACGCUUUCCUGCGCUGUCCUGGCAACCGUCACCAGGGAAACCAGCCACGACGCCGCGUGACGUCAUCAUGCGUCUACGGCGGCCAAGAGGGCGCCGGGAGUUUGGAAAGGGACGGAGGUGCAGACUACCCGGGUUUAGUAGGUAAUUUGACUAGAUUACACAAAGAAAGAAUUGACCACUGGAAGCAAAAAGCUUUCUGUUUACCACAGGUAAACAGCUCUUUCCACUAGAAAGGAUAAAUGUGAUUUUCUACCUGGGCUGCCCGCUGGCUCCUGGUACUUGGUAUGAUGGAGAGUCCUGUGGUUGUGCAUGAACAUUGGGUUGCAAGCACCCUGGCAGCAGAACCUCCAUUAUGUUUCCACCACAGCACUUGGUGGUAUCCUGCCCAUGGAAAAUGUUGGUUGAAUGACUCAAGACUAUUUCUCUGCAGAGAGCUCCAGGACUGGGUGCAUCCUCCCGCCAUGGCCGCCACCGCCUCCCCUCUGCCGCCCACCACCAAGGUGGCCAGUUCUGAGAACAGCAGCUCCUUCUAUGACUAUGAGUACUACCUGGAGGACAUGAUCUUCAUGCUGUGCAGGAAGGACGAGGUGCUGUCAUUUGGCAGAGUCUUUCUACCUGUCUUCUACAGCCUGAUCUUUGUGCUGGGCCUGGUUGGAAACCUCCUCCUCCUAGCGGUCUUGCUCCGGUUCGUGCCUCGAAGACGGAUGACCGAGACCUAUCUGCUGAACCUGGCCAUCUCCAACCUCCUGUUUGUGGUGACACUGCCCUUCUGGGGCAUCUCUGUGGCAUGGCAUUGGGUCUUUGGGAGCGUCUUAUGCAAGGUGGUGAGCACCCUCUAUACCGUGAACUUCUACAGUGGCAUCUUCUUCAUCAGCUGCAUGAGCCUGGACAAGUACCUGGAGAUUGUCUGCGCUCGGCCCUACCACCGACUGAGGACCCGAGCCAAGAGCCUGCUGCUUGCAGCCACUGUGUGGGCUGUGGCCCUGGCUGUCUCCAUUCCCGACAUGGUCUUUGUGAGGACGCAUGAGAACUCCCCGGGCGUGUGGGAGUGCUAUGCAGAUUUUGGGGGACAUGGGACCAUCUGGAAGCUCUUCCUCCGCUUCCAGCAGAAUCUCCUGGGGUUUCUCCUCCCGCUCCUUGCCAUGAUCUUCUUCUACUCCCGCAUUGGCUCUGUGGUGGUGAGUCUGAGGCCCCCGGGCCAGAGCCGGGCCCUGAGGAUGGCCGUAGCUCUGGUGGUGGCCUUCUUUGUGCUGUGGUUCCCGUACAAUCUCACCUUGUUCCUGCACUCGCUGCUGGACCUGCAAGUCUUUGGGGACUGCAGGGUCAGCCAGCACCUGGACUAUGCGCUGCAGGUGACGGAGAGCAUCGCCUUCCUGCACUGCUGCUUCACCCCCGUCCUCUACGCCUUCUCCAGCCACCGCUUCCGCCAGUACCUCAAGGCUUUCCUGGCCACUGUGCUCAGAAGGCAACAGGCCCUGCCGUCCAGCUAUUCUGAGAGCAGCGGGCUCACGGCCCAGGAAGAUGUAAUGGGCAUGAGUGACCUCGGGGAGAGGCCGGCUGAGAACUCCCCGACAAGGCUCUUGAUCUCAAGCGGACUGCUGAGACUUGAUUCCUAAUCCUGCAGUAUACUUGCUGUGUGUCUUUGCAAUUGUUACUCUCCCUCCCUGAGCCUCAGUUCGUCAUUUGUAAAAUGGAAAUAAUAAUAGUGCUUGUCUCAAAAAGUCUUUAUGAGGUUAGUGUGUACCAUAACACACAUA